AUGUCUACUUCAUGCACCGAGGCACCACGCCGACACACCUAUCGUGUUGGCAAAUGGCGUCCCGAAGAUGCAGAAGUUUUGAAGAACCCCGUCAUCCAAGAGCUCGCCGAGUUAAUCGAGGGCGAAUCUAUCCUCUUUAUGCUCUUUAACCUGAUGUUUACCCAGGUCCCAAACAAACCUCCUUACAAUCUAGACCCAAACAACGACCCGCAAGUCCACUACAAGCCGGAAGGCUUGGUUGGCUUCCCUAUCAACGCCAUCCUGGAUUGGCCCAUGGGCACUCCUGCUGGCUUCGAAGCGUUCCAUAAUCCCAAAGUCAACGCACAGUUCAAGAAGAUGUUGGCUGUGUGGGCAACCUAUUUUACAUCCCCCGCAUCGGCCAGCGUUCUUAAUACGAGCGAGGAUGGCUGGUUUGGCCCAGAGGCCGAGAAAGAAUCUGUGCUACAGAAUUUCGCUGCCACCUUUGUUUGCGACCCCACGAAGGAAUACCACGGCUACGUGUCAUGGGACGACUUCUUCACUAGACUAUUCCGUCCGGGCGUUAAGCCCGUGCUACAGCCGGACGACGAUAGAUUUAUCUGCAGCGCAUGCGGAUCGGGGCCAUACGCCUUCACGAAGAAUAUCCAGGCACGUGAUCCUUUCUGGAUCAAGGGCCAGCCAUAUUCAGUCACCGAUAUGCUGUCAGGGCCAGAUGCCUCUCCCUACGCCUCGCAAUUCGUUGGUGGAACCGUCUACCAGGCCUUCCUCAGCGCCCUGUCCUAUCACCGCUGGCACAGUCCCGUCAACGGUACGGUGGUCAAAACCUGCAUCAUUGAGGGGACAUAUUACUCGGAGAGGAUCCAGCACUGGCCGCCCCCAAGCAGUACAAGGACGGGGCCAGAGCCGGCGGCGCCAAACCUGUCCCAGGGCUAUCUCACCGAGGUUGCCACUAGUGGUCUCAUCUUCAUUCAAGCGGACAAUCCAGAUAUUGGAUUGAUGUGUUUCAUGGCUGUGGGCAUGGCGGAAGUAUCGACGUGCGAUAUUCAGGUCGCUCCGGGUGACAAGAUGGUGAAAGGUCAGGAGAUGGGAAUGUUCCAUUUCGGAGGAUCGUCACAUUGUUUGAUCUUCCGCGGCGGAGUGAAUGUCAUUUCAAACCUUCCCGAGACACCAGGCCCAGACUCCUCACCUCUCGCACUCAGUUCGGCCAUCCUCUUCGUCCCCUCUGCCACUGACGGACAGUAA